AUAAAUUCCUAAAGUUUCCUCUCCUUUCCUCCGUCCUUCUCGCAGUCGCUGGCCUUGUCUUCUAUAAUGGCGAUUUCUACUGAAGAUUACAUCCAAGAGAAUGGCGGGAGUGAUUCAGAUUCCAUUUGCACUGAUGAUUCCCCCGAUUAUUAUCAGCCGAUUUCGGCAGUUGACGACCAAGACGACGUUUCCGAUCAAGAGAACUCAACUGAUGAUAAAGGAGAUCAUGACCCUGGAACUAGCCAUUUCGAUUCCUUCCGUCCUGGAAACCCUAAUUUCGAUGAAUUCUCCAAUGGUUAUGACAAUGUCCACCGGGCUGAGAACGGGAUUGCGGCUCUACAAAUGAACGGAGACAUACAUGGGAGCGAUGAUGAUGAAGAUGAACAAGAGAGGAUGAGAGAGACUUCGGAAUCGGCGAUAGCGAGGGCUUUCAGGGAGGACGAGAGCCGCCGAAACGCUCCCAUGACGCCAGAGAACUCGAUGAGGAUCAUGGACGCCAUGCGUGGAGUCUCUUUCGGAGGUCUAACGCCCGAUUGGGCAAGUCAAGUACCCGAAGAUCGAUGGGUUGAUCAGCUUCGGAGGUUAAGACAACCACCCUCCACUACUGCCACCACCACUGCAACAACCCAAAACUAAGAACCACAAGUCAAUCCAUCUUUUUCUUCUAAAUUAUCAAUUGAGAUCGACUUUGUAUUACAGUUCUUUACUUCUUAUGGUAUUAUCAUGUAUUCGUCCAAGUACUAAAUACAU